AUGAGUGGGUCUGAUUGGAUCUUUCGGCAGGAUAAUGCACCAAUUCAUCGAGUAAAAGUCAAUCUCACUUGGCUUAAAUCGCAAAAAAUCAAUGUUUUACCUUGGCCAUUGUUAUCGCCUGAUUUAAAUUCUAUUGAAAAUCUUUGGGGAAUACUAGCAAGGAAGGUCUAUGCGGGUGGUAAACAAUUUAGAUCAAAAGAACAGUUAAAAACUGCCAUUCUGAAAUCUUGGGAAGAAAUCAGCAUCGAACAACUCCGGGCUCUAGUCGAAUCAAUGCCUGAAAGAAUAUUUGAACUUAUUAAGCUAAAUGGAACCAAAACAAAAUAUUGA